AAACCACUUAGAGAGGGCUGUGAAGGCACUAUGAAGCGGUAUAUGUGCUAUUGCUAAAGACUGCGGAGAAAUUAAACUGGCUACCUCUUCCCUUCUCCUUCCCCCAAAGCGUUCUGAGCGCUUGUAGGGUUUCCAGCAACUUCCACGCCCGUUACUUGGCCCGGGCCAGGACAUAUGUGUAUCGGGUAGCCACAGGCUGCACUGCCUAGUCUGACUUGCCGGUCUUCGAAAGGGAUCUCUGCUGGGCAAACUGGCGCGGCCACUUGAACCUGUCUGCCAUGCAGGAAGCAGCCACUUUCCUGGUGGGCACCCACGACUUCUCCACCUUCUGCUCAGCCAGCUCCGAGAAGUCAGCGAGAAGCCCCAUCAGGACGCUGAACUGGGCGGAGGUGAGGCCUUCCCAGGGCUUCCUUGCCGAGCACAGCAUGGACAGCAACCUGAAGUUUUGGGAACUGGAGUUUGUAAGCCGAUCUUUCCUCUACAAACAGGUACGGCGAAUGGUCGGGGUGCUGGUUGCCAUCGGCCAGUCCCGGCUUCAACCGCACCACAUCCAAGAACUCCUAGCGGCCCGGGAUUUGAUGGCUUACCCCCCAAACAUCAUGGCGCCCCCAGACGGACUCUUCCUCAAGCACGUGGAGUACUACCAAAGUGAAAACCACACCUGCGAAGUGUCUCGCCCCAGCUUCCUGCACAAGACGUGUGUGGGAGGCCCUCGGCACUGUGGGGCGAAGGCAACAUCCGAAAAAGUCAAAAGGUGACGAAAAGUAAGCUCAGAUAUAUCUUCCCAGGCUACCAGGAUGGCUAAAGACAGGUGGAUACAGGUAAGUUUUAAAGUUUCUUUGUUUUUAAUGGCGCAAAGGGGUCCCUUUAAAAUAAACCUCCCGCCACAAUUGGAGUGUUCCUAGCAUCCUUUUUCUUGACUUCUUCAACACCCCGUAAGAAUUUUCACCGUCCUGAAAACUUGGACCCAAAACUUGCUCGGAAGUUCUUCUUCCUUCUCUGCAAAUUGGUGCUAAUUGCUGCUUUCUUAAGGCUACCGUGGCUGGGGAUGAUGGGUGCCCCAGUCCAAUAUAUAAAGAGAGGGGACUCUUGAAGGGGGAGGGGGGCAGCUAGCCUUUCAGUAUUUUGGCUAAGCUGCGGUUUGGGCAACCCACCAAAAACUGAACUAAAGUCAGACUUGCGUAAGCCCCAAGGGGUUGGACUAGAAAACCUCCAAGGUCCCUUCCAACGCUUUUCUAUUCUAUUCCUUAUUCUA